ACACUUUUCUGUUCGUGAUGGGAAUACAAGCGCUGUGACGCUUCAUGGGGUUAACAAGUGGGUUUAUUUCCCGUCUUACGGUGUUUUAAUGGCGUGUAAUGAUGUUAUUUUAGAGUUGGUUUGAUUUGUGAUGUUACAGUGUGUAUGUAACAGACGACAGAAUAAACGUAGCGCACUAGACGUACGGCAGUGAACAAACUGCCAGCAGACACGCGAUUUACAUGCAAAUGAUAGCGUGAAAAUCCCCAAGACUGUCUGAGGAGUAGAGCAACUUUUUCUUGGAUGUGGUUUCGAAAGGUAGACCCUGUGUGGGGGUCGUCCUCCCCCUCUGGUGUCUGGUGUUGUCAGUAGAGUGAAAGACCAAGCCUUGCUGCUGCUUCGAUAAGCCCCGCCCCUCUGGAUCAAGUGUGUCAGAAGUGGUCCAGCCUGUCUUCAGCCGUGGGGGGAAGUGAAGGGAACCGAAUCCUAGCGAAUCCUGUUUCCCAGGCAAUGAAGCUGCAGGCGGUGAUGGAGAACCUGCACAGACAGCAGAGAGCCAAACUGCUGAUGGAGCAGGCGGGGCAGUCACACAGCCCCGCCCCUUCAGGUGAGGAGCUGAAAAGAAACCCUGCCUCCGAAGCGGAGCAAGCUCAGAUGGCAGCCUUGGCGGCCAUGCGUGCGGUAGCGGCGGGACUUCAAAGGGCCGAAAGCCCCAUGUCCGAUCACAGCAGCGGAGGAGAGGACGAUGAAGAUGAUGAUGAAGAGGAGCGAUACAAUAAUAUGAUGGGCUCUGAGGAGGAGGAGCAAAUAAAACAAAAAUGGGACGAAGAUGAUUUUGAGGGUGAGAUGGAGGAAGACUACGACGACGAUCUGGGCGACGAAGGGCUGCCACAGGGUCGUGAGGUCGUCACCCCCGGCCGAGGCAUCUUCCUGUUACCCCAACGCCAUCUACACCCCCAGAUGCUGAAGGCCAGGCCCGGCUCUGAAAGCGAAGCGCGUGCGUUGCUUCACUCCGCUCAUUCGUCCCAUGGGCCGCUUCAUGGGCAGGACCACGCAGACUGGACCUAUGAGGAGCAGUUCAGACAGCUCUAUGAACUGGAUAAUGACCCAAAGAGGAAAGAGUUCUUGGACGAUCUGUUUAGCUUUAUGCAAAAAAGAGGGACGCCGGUGAACCGGAUUCCCAUCAUGGCCAAGCAGGUGCUGGACCUCUACAUGCUGUACCAGCUGGUGACGGAAAAGGGGGGGCUGGUGGAGGUCAUAAAUAAAAAGCUGUGGAGGGAGAUCACGAAGGGCCUGAACCUACCCACAUCCAUCACCAGUGCUGCCUUCACUCUCAGAACACAAUACAUGAAGUAUCUCUACCCGUAUGAAUGUGACAAGAGGAGUCUCAGCAACCCAAACGAGCUGCAGGCAGCUAUCGACAGCAACCGACGCGAAGGACGCAGGCAAGGCUUCGGCGGCUCACUCUUUACCUAUUCGCCCAACGGAACGCCCACAAUGCUCUCCUCGCCCAAGCUCACAAUGCCACAAAUGGGCAUCACCCUGCCCAGCAAUGGUGCCUUGCUCUCAUCCCUACAGAAAGUGAAAAAGGAUGAUGAUGGGAUUCACCCACGUAUACCCGUGUCUCUGGCUUCUCACUCUGUAGCAGUGGCCCAGGCUGCGCAGGCGGCCACCAUCGCCCAGAUGGCUGCGCUGGAACAACUACGCGAAAAGCUAGAAUCCGGCGAACCCCCAGAGAAGAAGAUCGCCCUCCCGCAGGAAGAACACCAGCGGCUUCUGCAGAGAGCCUUGCAGCAUAACCUGCUGGCCAUGACAGCACAGAUCCCAAUGAACAUCCGCAUCAACAAUCAAGAGAGCAAGCCAGACUCCGCCCUCAACCUGACCACCAAUGGUUUAAACAGCAUCAGUAUGUCAGUGGAGCUCAAUGGAGUCGUCUACACUGGCGUUCUUUUCGCCCAGGCCGCGGCGCCGGCCUCUUUGGGUGCAACUAACAAAUCCUCCGCGGGCAACAGCGGACCUCAUUCUCAGUCUGUUCUCCACACGCCUACCUCAUCAUCCUCAAACAACCAAUCGCCUUAACACUUCAGACUCUCCCUCUCAGUGCAAAACCAAAGCCAAAAAACCUCAGUUACUGCAGAAGAUAUGCCAAAAAUAUAUAGAAACAAUGCAGGAUUACAUAAGCAGUUCUCAACUUGAAGUACACUAGCUCAGGUCUUUUAUUUACACUCUCCUUUGUUCAGGAGCCAAAAGAAAUAAAAAAGACAGAGUUUAUUAUAAAGAUGAUGAUAUAUAAUGUAUAUGCAAACCUGUGAAUAAUUUAUUUCUCUUUCUGCGAGCACACUGUCUGGCAUAAACGGAACGGCCGUAGGAUUCUGCUUCAUGGGUUUUAUCGUCUCUAACUGACGAGAGCUUUUCAUCUUUAGGAAAAACCGUAACAAUAGUAUUAUUGUUAUAACGUGUGAUGCAAACUGCUUAAGGGUCUGAAUUAUUAAUAUAUUAUUGUACCUGUUUUUUUUGUUGUUGUUAUUCUUUAUGUAUCUGCAGUGCCUUGUGAAGGUUUUUCUUCAGCACAGUUUAUAGACAUGCUGACGGUGACAGAUGGACACCUAACUUCACCACUAACACAAUUUGGUCUGAAGUUUUAUUUUACUUUUGAGUAUUCACCUCUAUGGAUUCCCAUCUGUUAUGGCAUCAAUGAUCUUAUCAUUAAUUGUGAACAAUCAGGGUAAAGGAGCUGAUUUAGUAGAAGUUCAGCGUGCAUUUAUAGAUGUUUGUUUUAUGGUCAGCUUUACACAACUACUGGUGUCGGAAUGAAAACCGCUGUAGUUUGCCUGCUUUUUUGGACCCUAAAGUGGAAGACUUUUUGGUCUAAAGUGGAAGUGAAAAGAGAUCAGGAUGUUUUACUUGCAUUAGGGUAGAUUUUGUGUCGCUCUGUGGUUUUGGCUGACAAUAAUCACAGUUUGACUCCACUUUAAGAUUUACACGCACAGAUCAUCUUGCAUUCGAUUUCUACACUAACUGCUUCGUGUCUUUCUGCUUAACAUGUUUCAGUCCUGAAUUUUAUUGAGGGGUCCAAUGAUGCAGUGCUUCAUUUUGAAACGCCAGCGCUGUUGUUGGUUGUCGCAGUGUUUGUACAGCAAGAGUGUGAGAAUGAUAGAUUUGAUAUCAGGUGUUUCUCUGAACAGUGUCUCGGUGAAGAAAACCUCUCCUGUUAGAGAUCAGGAGGAUGUGGCUUUCUCUAUAAUAUUGCAUCACAUCCUGCAGGGUUGUUUUCGAUUGAUCGAAAGAACCGUGUCAAGCUCCUCUAGCAUUACACUGUAUGCAAGGUCAGAAAUGCCUGUUCGGUGGGGUGACAGAAACGGGGUUGUGUGAUAUGAUGUUGAAUAUGAAUCUGACAUUUUAAGUUGGGCAGAAGAGAAGUGGCCUUACUUUGAUCCAAAACAUCUUCCUGCUGUUUUAGUGUUUCUGAACUUGAAGUUAAAUGCCUUGAUCCCUUCUCAUCCGCACCAGAAACAGUCUGGGAGUCGUUGUUACCGUUUCUAUCCGUAUUUUUAUAUUGCAAAUCGUAAUGCAUAAGCACACCUCAACAUAUCAUGCCUCAAAGUGAGUACAGCCAGAAUCUCUCUACCUCAAAAACACAUUCAAUCAGCUAAAAAUCAUCAACUUUUUGUGUCACGUGAAUCAAAUCUACUGAGCUGUCAUGUAGAACGGAAUUUCUUAGGUAACACUUGAAUUGUGAAUUUAAAAUGUUGAACUUUCUCUUUAAUGCACGUUCUUAAAUGAUUUCUUACGUUUCAUCUCUCUUUAUUACACGGCUCAUUGGAAUGCUUGAUUCUGAUUGGCCAGUCGCGACAUUCGUUAUUCCCAGAUAACAACCUCUCAAAACUAAUAACGCACGGUAACCCGGAUGCGUCAUUUUGACAGGUUUUUUGACAAAUAUAAAUAUGUCUUUUAAUAACAUAUAUGACAUUAUAUUUACAAAUGAUUGAACCAAGUUGCCUGUUCGUGACAUUUGAACGUAAUUUCUUACCUUAAAACUAAAGUAAACGGCUUUUCCUAACGGAAGGUCUGCAUUCGGUAAAAAUGAGCUAACAAAAUAUUUCAAAUUCAAGUCUAUUUUUUCUCAUGUGGCAAGUAGCCGUGUAAUAAGCAGGAUAAUGUACAAGCAGCCGGCUGUUAUCGUGAAAUAAGACCCUUCAGUCUGAUCGCACUGCCGGGGCUUUUUUCUGUGAUGACAACCGGCUGCCUGUACAUUAUCCCUUACUUAGAAUCCUGUCAAUGACCGAUGAUCGUAAUGUAACAGUACCUUAUUGUUGAUGGCCUUUAAGCAGUGCGUUUCGAUCAAAGAUGCCGUUGUCUUUUUUUGAAAAAGAAAAUACUGUUACCACGCCGAGUAAGACCUGAAAGGUGUCCAUGAGAGGGCUCAGUUUUUGCUCAGAUGUGAUGACUGCCUUAAUGUAUGCAAAUUUUCCCCAAAAUAAUAGUAAUAUAGCAUGCUAAUGUAGGCAGGUUUAUUGCAAGGACAACCAACAUUGCUGUACAAUAAAACACGCAAGCUCGUGUUUUAGCUUUUAUUGCAUAGCAUAUGCUUUGAUAAGGCUUUUUCACUCUGUCGAACUUAACGUCACACUAAAAGUUAAGUAAUUUCACUUUCAUUGACAGCAAUGAAACUUAGGUUUUACGUUAAAACAAGACAUUUGUCGUCUUCUCAGGAAAUACACUUCUACCUCUGGUUAAAGAGAUACAGUAUGCUCAUCUAGUACUGUGGUCACAGUGCAUGUAACUUUUGUUCUACCUUUUUAUAAUGGAAAUACAAAAUAUUUGCCUUGGCACACUGACUCGAGGUUUUUUAUUUAACUUUAAAUUGCAGCUGCAAUAAAUAUAAUAUAGUCGUUUUAAUUUUUUUGUUUUUUUAUCUGAAUAGCCCUUCUUUAUGUGAGUGCUUUGAGUUUUUUGCUUGCUUAGUUUCAAAAGAAAUAGAAAAUUGCUCCUAUACGCAAGAAUGCGAUGUGGCGUUCUGUACAUUUUCUUUUCUUUAAAUUGUGUAAUGUCAACCUCUUGACCGUUUCCUCUAGGGGUGAAGGACAAAGACAAUCCUAACCUAUUUAUCCUAAUCUCUCUUUGUGUGAAUAAUUAACUUUAUUUUGAGAAGAAAUAUAUCGAUAUAUAAUUAGGGGGAGGGGUGUCCAAAGAAUGUCCACGUAAGUGCUGAUAUGGCCCGGAAUAUCACGGAUCGACUAUAGAUUUUAGACGAACUGUACCUUUCACUCUGAAUCAAUUGUUGUAACCUCCCUCGACACACAUGCAAAACAAAUGUAGUAAAGACAUUUUUUCUUUUAAACAAACAAUGUUCUUUUGACUAAUUCUGUGACUUUUAUAUGUUGUAAUGUAGCCUACUGGUAAUUCCGGAGUUUCAGUUUGGGUGUGUCUGUUUUCUGAUGUUUAGAAUUUCUUUGUUUUGGAAAGAUGUUCACGUUGAUGAGUUUUGUUGUCUCUUGAAGUUUACAUUUGAUAAUUGUCAAGCAUCAGAUGUUUCAUUGUUUGAUUUUCAAAAUUUGAGGUUUCCAGCUGUAUACAAAAACAUUGAAAAAAACAAUAAAAUCUGAUU